GCCAGAAGAGCAUUUCCAGACAAAAGCAUUGCCAAAAAACCCCUAAGUCACUCAGCAACUUUCAUUUUUGAGCGGAGGCAGCGCAGGAGGAAACUGAUAGCAGGCUGGGACGCAGAGUGACGUUUUUAUUUGUUUCUUGGACAGGGAAAAGCUUAGCUCGAAUCGGGAUGACCCCUCUGGAUGCACCGGGUGACGGCUGAGUAGCUCCUGCCCCAGCCCAGAGCCCAGGAAGGAGCUUGGGGCCUCCAGGUUGUGCUCCAGCGAAGAGGAUGCUCUCCGGUUUCCACCUCCGCUGCUCUCUGCCGGCUUUUAUCAUUUAUGGUUUAGUUCUCCAAGUUCACAAGCUGCAGUCAGCUCCGCUCACUGUGAUGGGACCCCCCGGCCCCAUCACCGUGGCCAUGGGCAAGGACGUGGUGUUGCCCUGCCGCUUCUCCCCAGAGCGGAGCACACAGGACAUGGAGGUGAUCUGGUUUCGGGAACAAUUCUCGCCCUUUGUGCAUCGCUACAAGGACGGCCAGGACCAGUUCGGGGAGCAGAUGCAUCAAUACCAAGGGCGCACCGAGCUGUGGAAGGACGGCCUCGCCAAGGGCAGUGUGGACUUGACAAUUUUGCAUGUCCAACUGUCUGAUGGAGGGAAUUACACCUGCUUUGUUCGCCAUGACUCAAGUUAUGAUGAGGCUGUGGUGGAGCUGAAGGUGACAGCCACCGGCUCUGCCCCGCUCAUCACGCUGGAGCGCUACCAGGACGGGGGGAUCCGGGUGGCCUGUCACUCGGCCGGCUGGUACCCGCAGCCCCAGGUGCUGUGGCAAGAUCCCCACGGGCGGCAUUUCCCAUCCCUCUCCAAAAAAGUGACCCAGGACGCGAGCGGACUCUUUGCAGUGGAAAGCAGCAUAAUCCUCACCAGGGGCGUGAACGAGAAACUCUCCUGCUCGGUCCAACAUGCCCUGCGCAGCCAAGAACGGACGUCAGCUUUUUACAUAUCAGAUCCCUUUUUCCAAAACGCCCAUCCUUGGAUGAUCGCCCUGGGCGUGGUCCUGGCUGCUGUGGUCGCUCUCCUCAUUAUCGCUGCCUAUCUAUUGAAAAUUAAAGGAACGCAUGAGAAAAAAAUAGCGACGCACGAGGCAGCACUGCGGGACCGUGAUGCAGAAAUUGAGAAGCAAGCUGAAGAACUGGCAUGGAGAAGAUAUGCAGCGCCUAUAAAAGAAGUGAAGGUGGUUCUGGAUUCAGACACAGCCCACAGCGCCCUUGUCCUGUCUGGCGACUGCAAAAGUGUGAGACGAGAAGACAUGUGGCAGAACGUCCUCGACAUCCCUGAGAGAUUUAGCCUGUGGCGCUGCGUGCUGGGCUGUGAUGGCUUCACCUCAGGGAGAUACUACUGGGAGGUGGAGGUGGUGGAUGCUGGAGGAUGGACUGUGGGCGUCUCUAGAGAAGAUGUGAAAAGGAAGGACGAUAUUGAGUUUAAACCGGAGGCGGGCAUCUGGGCAGUGGGGCAGUGGGCAGGGCAAUUCCAAGCUUUCACGUCCCCUAAUCGCACUCUUCUUCCUGAAAUCCAGGCUCCCAAGCGGAUCCGGGUCUCUCUGGAUUAUGGAGAGGGACGGGUGGCAUUUUUCAGUGUUGACGAGGAGAUUCCCAUCUUCACGUUUCCACUGGUGUCAUUCGAGGGGGUAAAAGUCUACCCUUGGUUCUGGCUGGGUCCUGGGACGUGGCUCAAAACGUGGCCCUGAUGAAGAGGAGGGAGUAAGAGAAGGCUUUUUUAGGGGACCUCGGGAGUUCAGACUCACAGAAGGAUUUAGGUUGGAAGGAACUUGUGGAGGUUUCUGUUGCAACCACCUGCUCACAGCAGGGCUAACCUCAAAGCUGCCUUAGGUGUCUUUGGACCUUGUGCAGCUGAAUUGUGUAGGAUCUGCAAGGGUGGAGAUCUCGUUACCUCUCUGUACCUCUGUCCUGGUUCUGCACCUCUCUCAAGGGGAAGAAUUAACCCUUUAUGUUUGGUCAGAGUUUCCCCAACUUUAACUCGUGACUGUUGCCUUUCAUCCUUGCUCUCCACCUGUUGAACAACACUUCCACUGAAAAGACACUCCCACAACAGGGAUCGCUUUUUAAAUGUACAGAAUGAAGUUACUUCAGCGGGAUUUGUCUGUAUGUGUGUGUCCUGGUUUCAGCUGAGAUGAUAGAGUUAAUUUUCGUCUUAGUAGCUGGUUGUCCUGGUUUCGGCUGGGACAGAGUUAAUUUUCUUCUUAGUAGCUGGUACAGUGCUGUGUUUUGGAUUUAGUGUGAGAAUGAUGUUGAUAACACUCCGAUGUUUUAGUUGUUGCUAAGUAGCGCUUAUCUUCAGCCAAGGACUUUUCACUUUCCCAUGCUCUGCCAGCAAGCAGGUGUGCAAGAAGCUGGGAGGGAGCAGAGCCGGGGCAGCUGACCUGAACUAGCCAAAGGGCUAUUCCAUACCAUGGAACGUCAUGCCCAGUAUAUAAACAGGGGGAGCUGGCCGGGCGGCGCGGAUCGUGGCUCGGGAACUAACUGGGCAUCGGUCAGCGGGUGGUGAGCAAUUGCAUUGUGCAUCACUGGUGGUUUUUUUUUUGUUUGUUUGUUUGGUUUUUUCCCUUCCUCCCCUCCUUUUUUGUUAUAUUCCUUUUCAU